AUGUUGCUGGACUCGCUGGAUAACUACAGGCCGCACACGACUACACGAGGAAGAAUGAAGGUGAGAAAAACUUGGUGUACUAAAGAUAUUGAUUUAGGUAAACUUUUGACGGGAGCUGCAAUGAGGGACUUCUUGGGCGUGAUGUUGAGCACGAAUCCCAAUGUGGUUGUUCUAGCCGAGCAGGAGGGGGAACACGAUGGGUCCGGCCUGGAGUUGAGGCACUGCAAUGCUCUGAGGUACUACGUGGCGGUUUUCGACUCGGUGGAUGCGGGCCUUCCAUUUGGGAGGGUUGAAGGUGGAUGAGAUGUUCGGUCGGGGGAUUCUGAAUAUAAUGUGCGAGGGUCGGGAGAGGCAUGAGCAGCACUAGGUGUUCGGAAGGUGGAUGGAGGUGAUGUCGGGGGCCGAGUUUCAGAGUCGGGAGAUUGGGUCCUUUACAUGGCCAUUGUUGGUAUUAGAUCGGGAGAGGCAAGAACAACACAGAUGUUUCUACAUGUACCUUGACUAGCGGUGGUGAUUAUGUGGUAGAAGAAAGAUUCACAGUCCAUUGAUUCAACGUUCGUGAGGACAUACCUGAAUUUGAGUUGAUAUCCAAAGUCUAUUAGUCAGCUAAACAUGAAUCCCAAUGCUCAUGGUACACUACCAUUACCUAAACAUAUUUGAGUGAAAUAUCACUCGAAAAGGAUGUCUAUGGAUUUUAUCCCCUAAACAUUGGAAAAUUGGCAUUGAAAGGCAGAGAUUCAUUGUUCAUUCCCUUUACACCUAAGGAUAUUAAUUUAAUAUGGAGAAACUCUUUUUUUCAUUGUUGGUGCUGUUUGAUGACAGUUUCCUUCGGAUUCAAGUAAACAAACAGAACAAGGAAUUAAAGUUAGCUUAUCUCGAGCUAUAUUUUGUUCAUCCAUUUCUUUAGUUUCUAAAGCUCAUUCAUAGUCCAACAUUCGACAAUUAUAGCUGUUAAUGAUUAGUGGCUUUACUUACAAUUUAAAAGUCUGGCUUUGAAGGAGGCACGAGAGUUGAUUCAGGGGCUGACGAAGAAAUUCAAGAAGGCGGUGUGGCAUGUUUUUUGACCUGCCACGUAAAUCAAUAAUCCUUCCACAUCACAUAAAAAACAUGCCACGUCACGCCACAUCAAUUUUUUAUCCGGGGUGCGGAUAAAAAGGGACCAAAAAUGAUAAAAUAGACAAAUUAUAGGACCCAGAUUGAAAGUGGUCAAUGACAGGGUGUGUUUUUGGAUUGUGGCCAAGUUAUAGGACCAAUUUUGAAAUUAAGCCUGUUUUUUGCCAAGACAAAAACAACUUAAUAAGCCAGCCAUGAUCCUGUUUUCCACGCAACACAAAAUGGGAAAAAAACUUCGUCAACUAUUAACAAGGCUUAAUAUAUAAGUUAGACGUGGCCAUUUGCCGGGCCGGGUCG